CCCCCAAUCCCAGAGAGAGUCGGAUUAACAGAGGUCCCAAUUUCUGCCCCUGCCCCCCCAGGAAGCAGCCUCUGCCUCCACCCCUCUGAGGCGGGAGAGGGCAUCUCUGCACUUCUGUAAGGGAAGGGUGGUAAGAACCAUAUUGCCGCACUGGGAGGACCAGUACGGCCAUACCUGUAGCUCCUGGGGUCCCAGUGGGUUUGAGGGUGACUUUUCACCUUUUUGGAGGAAAAGAUGUGUUGGAAGACGCUGCUGCUUCUGCUGUUGUGUUACGAUGCUCAGGCUACUGUGGCCCACAGGUGGAGCCGGGCCGUGCUCUUCCCUGCUGCCCAUCGGCCAAAGAGAUCCUCGUCGAUGCCGCUGAACCCCGUCCUGCAGACCUCCCUGGAGGAAGUAGAACUGCUCUACGAGUUCCUGCUGGCCAAACUGGAGAUUGGCCCUGACCUGAAGAUCUCCAUCAAGGACGAGGAGCUUGCCUCCUUGCGGAAGGCCUCUGACUUCCACGCUGUCUGCAAUGAAGUGAUCCCCAAGCGCAUCCCAGACAUCCGCCGGCUGAGCGCCAGCCUCGCCAGCCACCCUGGCACCCUCAAGAAAGAGGACUUUGAGAGGACAGUGCUGACCCUGGCCUACACAGCCUACCGCACGGCCCAGUCCCAGGGGCAUCAGAAGGACAUCUGGGCCCAGUCCCUCCGUAGCCUCUUCCAGGCCCUGAGGCACGACUUGAUGCGGUCCUCGGGCGCCAGAGUAUCUCCCUGAGAGACACCGCCCCAGGACCAUGGAGCAGAGACCAGCACACACAGUAAUCCAGAAAUUCUUCAUUCUCGACUCCAUUUACAGACACCAGCAACAAAACACAUACCACCAGUUUAGAGUAGCAGAG